CCCGUGCACGUGUAGGAUACAUUUGCUUUUUAUACUUUUCCUCACCUAGAUUGGUCUGUGGUCCUGCUAAAAUUCCCUCCCAACGCAACCGCUCCUAACAAGCAAUUCCUCAGUGCUUUCACUCAUAGAUUAUUUUACUGUCCCAUGAAUGAUAGGGUCUUGUUUUACUUGAGGGUGGCCGUUAAAAAGUGGCGCUGGGUGUUGAAAAACGGGCAAAGAAUUUGGGCCAAAAGCUUACUGGAAACAAGUCUAAGGACCGAGGUAGGCGCCUUAUCAGGUUAAAAGUAGGGGGGGGGGCGGUGCUGGAGAUGUUGAGGGAGAGGAUUCGGGGGAGUAAGGAGGCAUGGGCUUGGUGGGUCGCACUUCAGAGUAUAUACCCGAACCGAACAAAAGUGAUUGAGGCAAUCAGCCCAAUAGUGGACGAAACGCACCGGUAAGGAAUACUAGCGACUCGAUACACAUGGCUUCAGUGUCCCUUCAGGGACAAUAAGCAGCGCGUUAGGAAGGCAGUUGAUUUCCUCCGUAGCUUUUGCAGGCUGUGGAUACUGCGCAGCCCACGGAGCAUCCGCUGGGAAGAGGGGCGCGAGAGAUCCACGAGAAGGGGCAGCAAGCCGCCUGAUUGACAGCUCGAAAUCUGAUCUUGUGAAAGAGACGCGGAGCCAAUGGGAGGCAGCGAUCCAUCAGUUUGGAUUGGAGGCCCCUGGAGGAGAAGUAGAGGAAAAACCACCGAAUUGAGCUCUGUCAGAGGCGCUUUCGGCUUCCAAAGGGGAAGUGCUGGGCAAUAAUUAAUGUUUUUAUUAAAUUUGGAGGGAAUUUUUUGCAGCCGUUCGCCUAGCGUGGCCUUCAGUCCCGUUAGGUGCAAAGCAAGUCUCGUUGAUCGCCAUUGCUAGUUUUGCACACGUUUGCGAAUCAGAGCUACCCGGGGUACACCGACCGCGCAGGGAAACAUCGAGAGUGUAAAUAAAUACAUCGCCUCUUGUUCGGAUUUUUGCUACUGCCGAAAAUAUGUAAAUUGUGAACUCUCUUGGCUCUCUUUGGAUCCAGGUUGAUAGAAGUCCAGAUCCCGAGGAAAUCUCCAGCUAAAUGCUCAAAAUAUAAAACACUCAGCUGAGAUUUGCGAAGAGAAGCAGAAUGGAUGGAUUUUAUGACCAGCAAGUGCCUUACAUGGUCACCAAUAAUCAGCGUGGGAGAAAUUGUAACGAGAAACCAACAAAUGUCAGGAAAAGAAAAUUCAUUAACAGAGAUCUGGCUCAUGAUUCCGAAGAACUCUUUCAAGAUCUAAGUCAAUUACAGGAAACAUGGCUUGCAGAAGCUCAGGUACCUGACAAUGAUGAGCAGUUUGUGCCAGACUAUCAGGCUGAAAGUUUGGCUUUUCAUGGCCUACCACUGAAAAUCAAGAAGGAACCCCACAGUCCAUGUUCAGAACUCGGCUCUGCCUGCAGUCAGGAGCAGCCCUUUAAGUUCAGCUAUGGAGAGAAGUGCCUGUAUAAUGUCAGUGCCUAUGAUCAGAAGCCACAAGUGGGAAUGAGGCCCUCCAACCCCCCAACACCGUCCAGCACCCCAGUGUCCCCACUACAUCAUGCAUCUCCAAACUCCACUCACACUCCGAAGCCGGACCGCGCCUUCCCAGCUCACCUCCCUCCUUCGCAGCCCAUACAAGAUAGCAGCUACCCCAUGGACCACAGAUUUCGCCGCCAGCUAUCUGAACCCUGUAAUUCUUUUCCUCCUUUGCCGACAAUGCCAAGGGAAGGACGUCCUAUGUACCAACGGCAGAUGUCUGAGCCAAACAUCCCCUUCCCACCUCAAGGCUUUAAGCAGGAGUACCACGACCCGGUGUACGAACACAACACCAUGGUUGGUGGUGCAGCCAGCCAAAGCUUCCCUCCUCCUCUGAUGAUUAAACAGGAACCCAGAGACUUUGCAUACGAUUCAGAAGUGCCUAGCUGCCACUCCAUUUAUAUGAGGCAAGAAGGCUUCCUGGCUCAUCCCAGCAGAACAGAAGGCUGUAUGUUUGAGAAGGGCCCCAGGCAGUUUUAUGAUGACACCUGUGUUGUCCCAGAGAAAUUUGAUGGAGACAUCAAACAGGAGCCAGGAAUGUAUCGGGAAGGACCCACAUACCAACGGCGGGGAUCCCUUCAGCUCUGGCAGUUUUUGGUGGCUCUUCUGGAUGAUCCUUCAAAUUCUCAUUUCAUUGCCUGGACUGGGCGAGGCAUGGAAUUUAAACUGAUUGAGCCUGAAGAGGUGGCCCGGCGUUGGGGCAUUCAGAAAAACAGGCCAGCUAUGAACUAUGAUAAACUUAGCCGUUCGCUUCGCUAUUAUUACGAGAAAGGAAUCAUGCAAAAGGUGGCCGGAGAGAGAUAUGUCUACAAAUUUGUGUGCGAUCCGGAAGCUCUCUUCUCCAUGGCCUUCCCAGAUAAUCAGCGCCCACUGCUGAAGACGGACAUGGAACGUCACAUCAAUGAAGAGGACACGGUGCCUCUGUCUCACUUUGACGAGAGCAUGGCCUACAUGCCCGAAGGGGGCUGCUGCAACCCCCACCCCUACAACGAAGGCUAUGUGUAUUAAGGCAAGGGACAGUCACGCAGGGCCUCUUCUCGCUUCUCCUCUUUCUGCAGGUUGCGGAGAAUCUCUCGAGUUCUCUUCAAUCUUUGUUUGAUUUUUGUUGUUUGUAUUUUAUUUUUAAAUAAUAAUACACAAAAAGGGGCUUUCCUGUUGCAUUAUUCUAUGGUCUGCCAUGGACUGCGCACUUUAUUUGAGGGCGGGAGGGAGUAAUCUAAACAUUUAUUCUGUGUAACAGGAAGAUAAUGGGUGAAUGGGUCGGGGAACAUGGGGAUUACUUUUUACUUAGGCUUGGGAUGGGGUCUUACAGGUUUUACGUAUGAUGAAGCUAUAUCAUGUUUAUUUGAUUUCAUAACAACGUAAGAAAAUGUUCAUUUUCUCUGGGUAUCUAUGGUACAGUUAAUUCACAUUGUGUAAAUAUCCACUUGGAGACUAUUUGCCUUGGGCAUUUCCCCUUAUCACUUCUGAGUCUCUGCAAGGUGUACAAAAAACAAACAAAAACAAAAAAACUAAAAAACAAACAAAAAAAAAACAAAAAAAAACCUACUGUAAAUGGCAAUUUAAUUGUUAGAAAUGACUGGUUUUGCACCUGUUGUAAAAAGGUAUUUAGAGAUCGCAUUUGCUGUUUUUUGUUUUGUUUUGCUUUCUCUCUGACUCACAGAGGAUAACCAUAAAAUGGGUCUUUCUCUCUGCAGUUGAGUGAUCACCAUGACUGUAAAUGAGGGGCACAAAUUUUGGACUCUGGCUCCAAACUGAGUCACAGGCCAGUAGCAUUCCGUGUACCUGGUGCCACCUUGCUGUUCAGAUACAAAUCAUACUGUCGUUUAAGUAUUUUGAAGCCCAUUUCAGUUAAAUAAUGAUAUGUCAUGGUCCUUUGAGAUCUUCAUUUAAAUGUUAAAUCUGGGAUCACAAUGAAGCAAAAAAAAAAAAAAAAUCUCACUUCCUUCAGUACAUAAAGAAACAUUAUUUAAUCGAUAAGAAUUAACUGUACUAAAUCACAUAUUACGCUGUUCUAGAUACAGCAAGCACUCCUUAAAAAAAAUAUCCAAUACACUAAAUAGGUACUAUAGUAAUUUUUAGACAUGGUACCCGUUGAUAUGCAUUUAAAUCUUUUACUGCUGUGUUAUGUUGAUAACAUAUAUAAAUAUUAGAUAAUGCUAGUGCUUCUGCUGCUGUCUUUUCUGUAAUAUUCUCUUUCAUGCUGAAUUUACUAUGACCAUUUAUAAGCAAUGCAGUUAACUACAGAUAGCAUUUCAGGACAAAAUAGAUGACUCAAACCAUUUAUUGCUUAAAAAAUAGCUUACGCCAUGCUAUGCUCUAAGCAGCUUUAAUGCACAUUGACAAAUGAAGAGUAAGCUUCAGCUUGCUAAGGGAAACUGUGGAAACUUUUGUAACUUUUGGUGAAAUAGAAAAUUAUUUACAAAUUGUCAAAGACUCCAAGGAAGUUGCUGUAUGACAUAGUGCUGGCACUGAUAUUCAUCUUGUUUUGGACACUUGUGUAAAUGUGUUUGGAUUGUUUGAAAGAAGACUUAAAGAUGUAAAGUUUCAAAGAUUUUUGUUUUGUUUGUGUUUGGCAUUUGGAGAAAAUAUUGAAAGCAAGAUAAGUUGUUUCAUUCACCUAGGACAAAAAAAAAAGAAAAAGAAAAAAGUGAAUGGUGUUAUGAUAUCUUUGAAUAGCUUGCUAAACCAUUCAAAAAAGAAGCCUGAAUUUUGCUCAAUCCAUCAAUAUCCCAGAGGAACAACAUGUUUUAAGCACCUAGAGUGAAAUGUUAAAGAAGAAAAAAUCCUAAACACAAAGCCAGAAUGAACCUAUUAAAGCAUUUCUUGACGAGCACAGGAAAGAUUGUCGAAAGAUGAUUUCCUGGCUACCCGUUUUCCUGCGUGGCACAGAUCACAGCUCAUGUAUCUAAACUGAACAGUUAUUGGGAAACCCACAUGCAUAAUCAACACUACUCACAUUUAAUCCUACAAAAAGGCCUAUUUUUAAUUUCAGCGUAUGUAUGUAACCUGUGAUUUCAAUGAUUGUUUCUGCAUAUACAUUAUAUAUCAUUUGGCCCAUUAUGGGCUAAUAAGUAUGCCUUAAAAAUGAGAACUUUUCCCCACCACUAUGCUCAUGUGGCCAUUUACAGCACUUAGAGUAAAAACAAUUUUAAAAUAUUCAACUAAAGAUUUAUUGGGAAGAGUAUUAACAUAUUGGGAGGAAUUGAAGGAGAAAUUAAAAGUGGGUCUUUAAAAUACCAUCUAAAUAAAGUUGUAUUGAGGAUUCUUUUUUCCCCCCUCUUUUUCUUUUUUUCCUUUUUCUUUUUUCUUUUUAAAAUUCUUGUUCUAAUUUCCCAUUGGGGAAGAAUUCUGCCAUGAGUUAUCUUAAGGGAUCAGAGGAAGAACUGGUAUUAAUUAUAUAUUUAAGGACAAACUUUUUCUGCUUAAGGUAGUGACUCACAAAAUGAGUAAUUGGCCAACAUUAAGGAUAUUUCCAGUACAGAAGGGUUCAAAACAUUGCAUUAUAAACUCUUCCGAAAUGUAUUCUAAGGUUUUUCUUUUUUUUUUUUUUAAAGUUCUGUUUUUAUUCUACUUUUUGUUCUCUUGUGGUUUUAUUUUCAGAUAGAUUAAUAAAUCUGGCAGCUGAUUUCUGCAAGAUUCUCGUGUUUUGAAUUUCUAAUUGAAUUGGCUACUCAAACAUAGAAAGCUAAUUAAAAAUAUAAUAUUUUCCUUCAGUUUGGUAAAAUAAACUAAAAGAAACCUCUCCCCUAAUGUUUGCUGCCUCUUGAUGAUGACAUGCUUUACUCAAGAGACUGAUUCCAACAAAGAAUCAAAGAUUAUAUCCCAAAUAACUAAUGAAAAAUGACUUCAUAAGUUAUGCCUAUGAAGAAUGCUGAAAAAUAAAAAUCCACAAAGCUAACAGUGUAGAGCAGUUCUCUCAAAUCCUAGAAGGAUCUUUGAGGUCAUUUAUUUGAACCUCCUUUGUACAGAUUGUUUUAACUUCUUGUAGCUGCUAUAACAAAGUUAAUAGUCUGAAGCUACACAAAUGUAUCCUUUUAUAGUCCUGAAGAUCAGAAAUCCAAAAUGAGUCUGAAAGUGCUAAAAUCAGUGUGUGUAGGGCUUAUUCCUUUCCAAGGCUCCAAGGGAGAAUCCCAUUCAAUCCCAUUCUAACUUCUUCCACUUAUAGAGGCUGCUGACAUUUCUGGCUCCCUGCCCCCCGCUCCGGGCUUCAUCACUCCAACCUCUGUUUCUGUGGUCACAUCCUUUUGUCUGCUAAAGUCGAAUCUUCCUCUCCCUACCUCUUCUAAGGACAUUUGUGAUUGCCUUUAAGGUCCCCCUGGGAUAAUCUCUCCCUGUCAAGAUCUUUAACUUGAUCAUAUGUUCAAAAUCAGUCUCAUUCACAGAUUGCCAGGAUCAGGACAUGGCUGGGGGGGGGGGCGUGAGGAGGGUGCUGUUAUUCAGUCUGUCAUGUAGUUAAAGACAGGAGUGAAAACACUGAUUGGUUUCCACUUGGGCAAAAAAAGUUCUAUUGAUGGAGGUAGGAUUAGAAGUUACUGAAGAACACUUUUGUUUGCCAUUGUAAUAGUUUUACUUCCCAGAAAUGGUACUGAAAGCAUUCUUUUAAAGUUCACCUGUUCCACUACAGCAUCCGGUAAUUGCAUCAAGCUUUUACAUGAUUUAAUAACCCCUCAUGUAAAUAUUAUGUAAUGAGAGAAAAAAAGUAAGGUGUGAUAAUUACAGAGUACUAGCACAGUUAAUUCUGUUGUCCAAGCCAGAGUUAUAUUUUUAAAAUAAAUUUCUUUUUGUGCUAGUAUGACUUGUUACUGUACGAUCUUAAAGGAUCAUUAUUUUUUAGGUAACAAUUAUAGAGUAUGUCUGUUACUCAAAACAAUUCUAAAAUAUGAGUCAACUUAUCUUUAUAUGACAAGGACAGAAAUCUUUUACCCACUAUUAUAGCAUUUAACUAGGUCAUGGGAGUUUCUAAUAUGAGUUUCUUGGUCUAUCAGCCAACACUUUCCAGAGCUUAUAAUGACAAAACAUUAGAGAGAAGGUCAUUUGAAUGUUUUGUACUGGGUAUCUUAAAAGAGAAAAAGUAAAAUUUAAAAUAAGCGUGUGAGCUACUUUCCAGUUGUAGUUUGACAUGAAGAAGGGGAAUUAGACUUGUUAAAAAAAA